GCAACCUGAACUUGACUCACAGUGGCCUUCACACAGGCCCUGUCUGCUCUGCUAGCUUGUUCCCGUGUUCUCUGAACUCCUUGAACUGAACACAAUCUCUUUUGCCCUUAAAUAUGCGGUUCCCUUUGACUCCAUUACUCUUCACAGGCUCUCUGCCUCACCAGCUUCCAUGCAUCCUGAGCCUUCAGCUUAAAUGCCAUUUUCCUGACUCCCCUGGAUAGUUCUGCUAGCUGCCAGCAUACCUCUCUCUGUGGGACUCCCCACCCUACAUCUGUUGAGACCUGGGGUCCCGUCUGCAGCGGGGCACCUUUGGUGGUAGGGAUGAUGACAGACUUACGCAGGGUGAUGAAGAAAACCUGGUGCAGGCACCUAGUAUCGGGCCGGUGAAUGAGUAAAGGAACAGGUUGUCCUGCCGUGUUGAUGAGAGACGCUUUGAACGACUUCUGCCUCUCAAAGAGGAAUGUGAUUCUCAAAUGUUUCUGUUCUGGAAUCUAGUUUCGGGGAGCCCGUGGUGACUGGAAGAGGAGCCGGCUGCGUGGGCGCCCAGCAUGGACGGCUACACGGUCCUGCGCGUGAUCGGCGAGGGCUCCUUCGGCCGAGCCCUUUUGGUUCGGCAGGAAAGCAGUCUCAGGACAUUUGCCAUGAAGGAAAUAAGGCUUCCCAAGUCUCUCUCUGAUACACAGAAUUCCCGGAAGGAGGCCGUCCUGUUAGCCAAAAUGAAACACCCCAAUGUCGUUGCCUUUAAAGAAUCAUUCGAAGCUGAAGGGCACCUGUAUAUCGUGAUGGAAUAUUGUGAUGGAGGAGACCUAAUGCAAAAGAUUAAACGUCAGAGAGGAAGGCUGUUUCCUGAAGAUACGAUACUUAAUUGGUUCACACAGAUGUGCCUUGGAGUAAACCACAUUCACAAGAGGCGUGUGUUGCACAGAGAUAUCAAGUCCAAGAAUAUCUUCCUCACCCAAAGUGGAAGGGUGAAACUGGGGGACUUUGGAUCCGCCCGUCUCCUCUCCAGCCCCAUGGCGUUUGCUUGUACCUAUGUGGGAACGCCUUAUUACGUGCCCCCGGAAAUUUGGGAAAACAUGCCUUAUAACAAUAAGAGUGACAUCUGGUCCCUGGGCUGCACGCUGUACGAACUCUGCACCCUGAAGCAUCCGUUUCAGGCAAAUAGUUGGAAAAGCCUUAUCCUCAGAAUAUGCCAGGGGUCCGUGAGCCCGCUGCCAUCUCAUUACUCCUACGAGCUUCAGCAUCUCAUCAGGCAGAUGUUUAAAAGGAGCCCCGCCCACCGCCCCUCCGCCACCACGCUCCUCUCCCACGGCGCUGUUGCCCGGCGCAUCCCGACGUGCCUCACCCCAGAGAUUAUCACAGAAUAUGGUGAGCAGGUGUUAGAAGAAACCAAAAAAUCUGAGCACAGCACAUCACGAAAAAAGGACUCUAGCAGAAUCAGGAUCGCUUUGGGAAAAGAAGCAAACACAGUGCAAGGGGAAGAACAAGGCAGAACAUGCAGCCACACUACCUUAGAAAGCAUUAAUAAAACUUCAGUUGCAAGUGCAUCAAGGAGAGUAAACAGAGAAGAGAAAGAGCCGGAGAGCGCACCAGUGCCGCCCAGGAGAGCCGGCUCCGCAGCCCCUCUCAGGCGGCAGUGGGAGAAGCACGCGCCCCCGGCUGCGCUCGCUGCUUUGGAAGCUGCCUCCGUUCUCACCUCCAGUUUCCCUGCAGAGGACAACAGAGGUGGCUCUGUCAUAAAGUACAGUGGAAAGAAUAGCCGUAAGCAGUGGCUCAAAGAGACCCCAGAAACGUUGCUGAAGCUCCUUCAGAAUGCCGACCUCGGCCUGGCCUUCCAAACAUACACCAUAUACAGAACAGGCUCAGAAGGCUUCUUGAAGGGUCCCCUGUCUGAAGAAACAGAAGCAUCAUCAGAUCAUGUCGAUGGAGGCCCCGAUGCCGUUGCUUUGGAUCCAGAGAGACUCGAGCCCAGGCUGGAUGCGGAGGACACGGACUUUGAGGAGGAAGACGACUUGGAUUGGGUGUCGGAACUGAAGCAGCGAGCAGGCUGGCCAGGGGUGUCUGAUGCCUAACGCCCUAGGGCCUUCACGUGCCUUCAUCCCACUGAGUGUAUGUUUAAAGUGAGGAAUUAAUGUCUGGAUAAUACUUGCUCAUGGAAGGUAGAUUCCCUUGGAAACAGAAUAAAGGAGGUGUGGGGAGGACUGUGAAUAUUUAAAAUUGUUCCUGAGUAGUAUUAACAAAGUUUAAAAAAUCUUCAAUAAGGAAAACCGUGAACAUAUGUGUCGCUGAAUUUUAGCGAAAAAUCCAUGAGAUGAUUGGAAGGAAUGUCAGGUGUUUGUAAUGCAAACUCAUAAAGUCUAUGUUGGCAUCACU